AUGCCCCCCCGGAGAUCGCACAAGAAGUCGCGGGCUGGGUGUCGCCGUUGCAAGGUCCGCAAGAUCAAGUGCGACGAAGUCCACCCACGAUGCGGCAAUUGCAUGAAACACGGUGUCGUGUGCGACUUUGAGUCCAACGAGGCGGCUGACGAUCUUGCCAGCGUCUCUACGCCGGCCGCCCCGAGCCCCUUGCCCCCGACACCUGCGGCAUCCUACGCGCGGACCAACCCACAGCCUCCGAGACGAUCACCUCCACGUCCGCCCUCGGUGACGCCACGGGUGGUCUUCAACCAGCCUCCGACGCCCAAGGUGUCCAGCGUGACCGCGCAGGUCAGCAGGCUCAUGGAGCUGCGCCUGAUGCACCAGUACACCAAUGUCACCUCCAAGACGCUCCUCACAAGCUCGCCCGUCACGGAGGAUAUCUGGCAGCGCGCCGUGCCGCAGAUGGCUUUUGAGGGGAGGACAUACCUGGCCGACGCCAUCCUGUCUGUCGCGGCGCUGCACCUGCGCUCCCAGGCACCCGAAGACAAGUCGUUGAUACGCGCGACCCACGCCUACACAGCGUCGACACUGGCCGAGUACUGUGCCUCGCUGGAAAAGGGUAUCACAUCGGACAAUGCCGAGUCCUUGUUCCUGACGGCGUCCCUCAUCGCGUUCCAGUCGGUGGCGGCGCGGAUAUUCGCAAAGGACGACGCCGAACCCGACGACCCAAACGCCCGCUAUGCGCUCCCGCUGCCAUGGUUUCAUUCUUUCCAGGGUGUCAAGACCGUCGUGGCCACCUCGUGGCAGUGGAUACGGAACAGCAACAUUGUCAAGAACGUCAUUGAUUCUCAGCCGAGUCUGCAGCUGGAUCUGAACCCGCUAGGACCCAACUCCUUCUUUGGCCACUUGCUCGAGGGCCUGGACGAGGAAAUUGCACAGGAAGCGCCCGACAUGGUAGCGUCGACGACGCAAUGCUACUCGCACGCCAUCUGCGUGCUCAACUGGGCGCACAAGAGCCCGCACCCCGCGGCUGCGCUGGCGUUCCCCGCCACCGUCGCCCGCCGCUUCAUCGAGCUGGUGGAGAUGAAGAGGCCCCGAGCGCUGGCGACCAUUGCGUGCUUCUUCGCCCUGCUCAAGCGUCUCGACGGCGUGUGGUGGCUGCACGACGUGGCGCGCCGCGAAGUCAUGGGCCUGGUCGGGCUGUUCGAGUCCGGGUCCAAGUGGUGGCGGCACCUCGAGUGGCCGGUGCGGAUUGCUCUCUGGGACGGCAGCAACAUCCCACCCGAGAUCUGGGGCACCGACUGGGAGACGAGCGUUAACCCGGACACCAGCCAGGGGUUCGUGGAUCACAUUGAGCUGGUGGCCGAGCUGAUGGGCCAGUCUACGCACGACUUGUUAAGUAUGGCCACCCCUUUUACGGGGGAGCCGCCACUCACGGCCGAGUCGCCGGACUGA